GCUUUCUGCUGGAACAUGCCGCUCCCUUCUCUGCUUUUUUGACGGACAGCUUUGGCCGUCAGCACAACUACUUGCGAAUUUCUUUGACUGAGAAAUGCAACCUCAGGUGUCAGUAUUGCAUGCCAGAGGAAGGUGUUCAGCUGACUCCUAAAUCAGAGCUACUUACUGCUCAGGAAAUAAUCACCCUGGCCAGACUGUUUGUGAAAGAAGGUGUAGAGAAGAUCCGACUGACAGGAGGAGAGCCACUGAUCCGACCUGAUGUGGUCGAUAUUGUGGGUCAACUGUAUAAGCUAGAAGGGCUGAAAACCAUUGCUGUCACAACCAACGGGAUCAACUUAGCCAGACUGCUGCCCCGACUGAAGGAGGCAGGACUGAAUGCUAUCAACAUCAGCCUGGAUACUUUGGUCCCAGCUAAAUAUGAGUUCAUUGUCCGCAGGAAAGGCUUUCACAAAGUGAUGGAAGGAAUCUACAAAGCCACUGAACUUGGCUACCGCCCUGUUAAGGUAAACUGUGUGGUGAUGCGAGGCUUCAAUGAGGAUGAACUGCUGGGCUUUGUGGAUUUCACCAAGGAUCUGCCCCUUGAUGUGCGGUUCAUAGAAUACAUGCCCUUUGAUGGCAAUAAAUGGAACUUCAAGAAGAUGGUGAGCUACAAGGAAAUGCUUGAUACAAUUAAACAACAGUGGCCUGAAUUGGAGAAAUUACCCUGUGAAAUUUCCAGCACAGCCAAGAGUUAUAAGGUGCCACAUUUCCAGGGACAAAUCAGCUUUAUCACUUCCAUGUCGGAGCACUUCUGUGGAUCCUGCAAUCGGUUGAGGAUAACAGCAGAUGGGAACCUAAAGGUGUGCCUUUUUGGGAAUUCAGAAGUGUCCUUGAGAGAUCACCUACGGUCGGGUGCCUCAGAGGAAGAGUUGGUUCAAGUCAUUGGAGCAGCAGUGGGCAGAAAAAAGAAACAACAUGCCGGCAUGUUUAACAUUUCCCAGAUGAAAAACCGGCCCAUGAUCCUGAUUGAGCCUGCAUUGAUGUCAUUCCCACUCUGCCAAGAUGCCCUACAGAAUCCCCCAAACUCAAAACAGUGGGGCCACACAUUUAGCCAUUGGCUGACUUUGAGAGCAAGUUUACCCAAACAAAUGGGAAAAGCAUUAAUGAAAAAUAAGCUUACAGGACAACUUUUCCCACCAGAGCAACAGUGGCACAUAACGCCAGGAAUUCUACAAACCCAGCUCCGAGGCUGCUGUGUCUUCCACAAGGACCCAAGCUCCACAUUUGACACAAAGUGCCUUGAAGCUUCUCCUGUUGGCCAACUUUCUGUGGACUAUCAGUCCAAAGAGGCAAGUCCAGGAUCUGAAUUCCAUACCAGAGAUUUGGGAUCUUGCACCAAGGUACCUCGUGCCUCUGACACCUUGACUCACACUGAUGAGGAAGGACGGGCCACGAUGGUUGAUGUCGGAGGGAAGCCAGAUUCGAGAAGAAGGGCUGUUGCUAGUGCUGUGGUCCGCCUGGGUGAGAAGGCAUUUGGGAUGGUGAGGCAGAACCAGGUGAAGAAAGGGGAUGUGCUGGCUGUAGCCCAGAUCGCAGGAAUCCAGGGAGCCAAGCUGACCAGCCAGUUGAUCCCCUUGUGUCACAACAUCCCCCUCAACCAUGUGGAGGUGUCUCUGAGCCUGGAUGAGGCCAGACACGCCGUGGUGAUUCACAGCUCCUGUCAGACCUGGGGCAGGACGGGGGUGGAGAUGGAAGCUCUGACGGCUGCCAGCCUGGCUGCCCUGACCGUGUACGACAUGUGCAAAGCGGUCACUCAUGACAUUGUGAUUGAAGAAGUGAAGCUGCUUAGUAAGACAGGUGGGCAGAGGGGAGACUUCUCAAGGGUCUAG